AUGCCGGGCAUGGCAUCGAUAUCGUAUCCUAAACGCCCAGUGAAAGAAACCGCAUAUAAGUGGCCGAUGUCGACCAAUCGCUCUCGAGUUUGCUCUGAUGCUUUUCAUGAGCACUGCGUUUGGUCAAUGGUUGCUAAGCAAGCGCUGCCAGGGGUCAGUCAAUCAAUCAUCAACGGCCAAGGGAUAUUCCCUGUUCUCUCUGUCUCUCCUUUAGGCGCCAUUCCAUCUACCCCUUGCACUUGGUGCCCAGUUGAGUUGAGUGCUGAUGAGAUCUCAUCAGCGCUGCAGCUGCCCGUCCUGCACUAG